UGUAAAGAGAAAAAAAAAACUUUAAACUUUGUUCUUAAAUGUAAAACAGAACUUUCAUCACUUUUCUGUGUUCAUGUUCUUAUUUACAGAUUGUUAAAAGUCUGAGUAGGCUGCAAGAAACAGAAAUUUACAACAAGAUGAUCAAUUUAAGAAAUACCUUUCCUAGGCUUUCCAAAAAUGGUUUUUUUGCCAAACCACCAUCUACCCUUCCUUCUUUUGGAUCUUUUGUCAGUAUUCUUGGUUGUCUAGUUGGAGCAGCUCAGCUUACAAUACAGAUAAUGUCGUCAUGCGAAGAGACAUUUAAGUAUUCUUGCGCGGAGUUGAUCAAAGGUUAUUUUGUGACUUUCCACUUGACAUGUGUUUCAAGUUUAAGUAGGGUGUGGGUCUUUUUAAAAGAUUUUAUGCACUCCAUAUCACAGUGUUACGACGUCCUGUUCCCAUGGAUUAGUCUCCUUGAGAAUACAAUGACGGAAGAAAGCCCUGAAGCAAAAGAUCUUCCGAAGAGUCUCAAAAUAUGGCUGCUCCCGUUGGAAGGUGAAAAUUCUAACAAAAAGCUAAACAGCACUUGUAGAACUCCACAGUUGAGGUUGUCAACAUCAGGAGCUCUGGAUAAGCUGUUUGGAUCAACACCAAGAGGUCAUCUUCAAGACUCUUCAUCGAGGAUCUCCGAAGCAAUCGUCGAUUCUUUGAAAGAAUUCCCAGAUGACCUUGGAGAGUCUUGCGUUCUUGACGAAGUCACCAGAUCACUUAAGCACCGAAACGCGUCAACGGUAGAAAAGGAUUUCCGGCCUAAAAUGCAAUUGUUUGUUGAAAAUCCUGAGGAGCUGAAGAGGCAGUUUACUGCAAAGUUGGGCCCUGAAAAGAGAGGAGCAGAGAUUACAGAUAGUAAAGUUUCCAAUACACCAAUAAGGAUCAAAGAUAAGAAGUUAGAAAAGCCUCCACAUAGAGCCAUGCUUUGGAGACGCUCGUAUUCAACGACACGUAUAUUUGGAAAUAAAACUUGGAAACUAGUCAUAGAGAUGGCGAAGCGAAGGAAGUUAGCGAAACGUGGUCGGAAGAUUAAGGGGAACUUGAAAGGAUCAAGCAAAGGUGCGGCAAGGGAGAAAGAAGGAAGAAAAAUGAGGAUAACAAACGAGCACAGUAAGGAUGGAACUGUCAUAGAGGCGAAGAUGAAAACGAAAAUGCUGAGGAAACGGAGACAUGGAAAGAAAAUCAAGGGGAACAUGAAAGGAUCAAGCAAAGGUGCGGCAAGGGAGAAAGAAGGAAGAAAAAUGAAGUUAACAAACGAGCACAGUAAGGAUGGAACUGUCAUAGAGGCGAAGGUGAAAACGAAAAUGCUGAGGAAACGGAGACAUGGAAAGAAUAUCAAGGGGAACAUGAAAGGAUCAAGUAAAGAUACUUCAAGGGAAAAUGAAGGAAGUAAAAUGAAAAAGCAAGAGAAAGAUAGUGGAAAAGAUGACACAGGUAUAAAAGCGGACACUAAAGAGGAGCAUAUUAGGGACGAAACAUUUAUAGAAGCGAAAAUGAAAACGAAAACUGUGUGGAAACGGAGACGUGGAGACAAAAUCAGGGAUGGCACUUUUGCUAAAAAAAGGAGAAUAGAAGCUCUCAAUGAUGGAGUAAAAGAAUCACCUAACCGAAGUAGGAAAAGAAAAGAGUUGAAAGGCAAGAUGCAGUACAAAAGAUUACAAGGAAAGAUAAAAACAGUCAAGAUGAAAGAGAUAAGAGAGGAAAAAACAAUCAAGAUGAAAGAGAGAAGAAAGUCAAUAACAGUCAAGAUGAAAGAUAUAAGAAAGACAAAAAAAAAACAAUUUAGCAAAGGCGAGGUAGUCGUGGAAAAACCAAGAAAUGAAGGCCAUGCUAUAGAUUCGAAACGAGUGGAAGAGACAGUGAACUUCGAGACCAGCGAUCACGCAUCAGAAGCGGAAGGGAACGACAACAAAACCCACGGUGGAAAUGAAGCACUUAAAUGUAAACUGAAAAAAAGAAAGAGAAAAACUGGAAAAGAUGACACAAAUUCAGAGGAGAAAACCAAUCAAAAUGCGACACUUGGAUGGAGAAAACGCCGCAGAAAAGGAACAGUAGAACAUGCAGAUUAUAUGAAUGAUAUUGACGAGAUUUUUAGUGUUUUGAAUAAUUAAACAAUCGAUGCUUUUUGGCCCAACAAAAUUGUCUACUUUGCAUACGGCAAUGUUCAGUAAAAUAGGGCUUUUCAUAGCAUCACCAGAGGGACAAAAACUGCGCAUUUGUAGCCGCGGGUGUUAGGAAACAGGGCGCGGAAAGAGUGCUGGUGUGGUUGACCGAAAAAUAUAGAAAUCAGCGAAAAAAGUACAGUGAUUCGGCGCGGUGCCAACUCCGAGAAAAAGACGUGUGCUUUCGAUACGCCCUUCGAAAUAAGUUGAGAAGAGAAACUUCCCGCGAUCUAAAAGCAGUCUAAUCCCUAGUGCCGAUAAAGUGGUUAAAGGGAAAGUACGGUCUAGAAAAAGUUUACUUAUAUCAAAAGUUCCAUGUUUGCAUUGUCCUAACUGG